AAUGGAAUGAGAUGUUCUAGAGUUUUUCUCAAAUUCAACAGUUUGAAAUGACAUAUUUUGUAGUAGUGCUAGUAGCGACGGCAUGAUAUAAACCAUGUAAGCGGAACCAUUUAUUUUGCCAGUUGCUGUUUGGUCAUUUACGAUUUUGUUGAUCUGCCAUUCUACCACACAAGCAUCCAUGAAGAACCAUGGGGAAAGGGCGGCUGCUGAUACGAUGACCACGCAGAUGCUGAUGCAACAUCAAGGCACUGACCAUGGAACUGGUGGCAAUGGCGGCAGUGCUAGGACGGCGGCUUACAUCCAAAACAAGCUGAACCAGGUCUCGUCGGACCUUGUAGCUGCCGGCGUCGGUGAAGCAGCAGCGGUCAUCUACAGGGUCCCUCAAAAACUUCGCGUCUCAAACACUGAAGCCUACCAGCCAAUGCAGGUGUCCAUCGGCCCGUACCAUCACGGCUCACCGGAUUUGCAAGAAAUGGAACCUACCAAGUGUGCGGUUGUGUUGGAUCUGUGCAAGCUCACCGGAGUCACCCUUGUGCAGCUGGUCCACAUGCUAGAUCAGGAGGUAAAAGAUCCCCGGAAAUAUUACAGGAGUAAGAUGGACAUGGUCGGCGACGAGGCCCUGUCAGCGCAGCUUCUCAUCGACGGCUGCUUCCUGUUCAGCUACCUCGGCGGGCUUCGGCCGGCACAAGCGAAGAACCAGGUCCCCUCUUCAGCUGCACAUGUUUACUCCGUGGAUAGCGCCAUCCAGCACGACAUCUUGCUGCUUGAGAACCAGGUCCCCUCUUCCGUCCUCAAGGCCAUAGGCUCUGCAAUUUCUGCUGCUCAGAAUGGCAAGGUUGACACGAUCCCCGUCAACGAACUUGCCUGUGGAUUCAUCGAGGGGGUGUUCCAGUACAUCCCGACAGCAGUCAAACCGGAUGGGUUCGAUCAUCUGGUCGACCUCUGCUACCGAUACCUGCAACCAUUCAGCCAAACAGCACGAGGAGGUGACCACGAGAUAACAAUGCCCCGAGGUGAAGAUCAUGGGCAGCCAGAGGUGCGGCGUUUGCGGAGAGCUAGCGAGUACCGUGAGACAGGAAUCCGUUUCAUCACGCAGAGGUCGCGGAGGCCCGUCUCUCUGCUGGACGUUACAUUCUCGCGCGGCGUGCUUCGGAUCCCAAGGCUCGUGGUCGAUGAGCGGACGGAGUACCUCCUCCGGAACAUCGUCGCCUACGAGCAGGAGAGCUUCAGCUCGCGAGAUAGCUACGUGACGGCGUACGUGCUCUUCGUGUCGCAGCUCAUGAGCAAAGCCGAGGACGUCACGCUGCUCUCCGAAAAGGACAUCCUCAUCCACCAGCUGGGCAGCGACGAGGAGGUCUCCGACAUGUUCAAGCAGAUGAGCAAAGGAAUCGUCUUCGACUUCAGCGGCGAGUACCAUCUCAAGGACGUCACCGUGGCGCUGGAGAAACACUACCGCGACCGCCGGAACCGGUGGAUGGCGCUGCUCCGGCACACCUACUUCAGCAACCCGUGGUUGAUCCUCGGGGCAGUCGUCGCCAUGGUCGCCUUCGCCCUCGGUGUGAGCCAGGCUGCGCUGAAGUUUUUCCACUUUGCUCGAAACCCAAAAUGAAGUCAUCAAGCAGGUUGUCGCCUUCCUAAUAAAAUGGCGUUGUCGUUGUUCCUAUAGUCUUCAGUAGGCGUUUCUGCUUUCUAUUUUCUUUCCAGUAGUACUAUGUCGUUGUAUGAUUUAGUUAUUGUAUCACCACUAUGGUCAUGGCGUGUACUUUAGUCAUUGUAUCAUUUAGUCAUUACCGAAUAACCUGCAUUUUCGUCUCCAACUA